AUGCUUUUUAAAUGUGUUAUUCCAAAUUUACUGUUAGCAAGUGAUUAUUUUGGAAUACGUGAAUCAACUCGACAUGCUACUGUAACGCGGACUGUGUUUGAUUGCGGUAUACAACUAUUUGUUAAUCUCAUGGAAUUAGAAGAAAUGAAACAUUUAGUACCGUAUGAAAAUGAAAUGAAAAAAUAUGCAGAAGAAGGCCAACACGCUCAGGUUCUAACUAUAUUAAAUAUGUAUCAUGAAAUAGAAGAAAAAAUAAAACUUAAUGCUGAUCAAACACCUCUGACAGAAAACUACGAAGCGUUAUGA